CAUCUUUCUCGCUCAUCGGUUUUAGAGAGAGAAAGAGUGUUGUAGUUAGUAAGAAAAAAGUGCGAGGGGGUAUACAUACAUAUAUAUGUAUGUAUAGAGAGAGAAAGUAGAGAGAGUGAGAGAGAGGAAGAAGGUGCAUUCAGCUACGACUGUUUUGGAUUGAAGGAUAAUUGGAAGUCUUGAUCUCCAUUAACAAGCUGCUGGAAGUAAGAGUUUCUGUUCUUCUGUACACUUGUCAACAACCCCCAAAUUUGCUUUCACUUGAUCACAGUCUCGAAAUCGUCGAUUUUACUCUCAAAUUAGCUGAUUCUCGACCUUGUUUGUGUUGUAACGGUUUCUGUCAAUCUAAAUUUGGAAAGCUAUCCAUAAGUUCAUGAUCCAAGAUGCAUUCAUUGGCAAGAGCAUAGAGCCAUACACAAACAUUGAGCUGAAAACCAGCUGAAAAUAGUUUUGGAAGGUUUAAAAACACUAUUCUAAGCAAAAGUCUUGUAUUUUAAUGAGAUUCAGAUGUUGCAAAGGCAAAUUAUGUUCAAGCAGCUUGAAGAACUCCAAAGGCAAAAGAAACUCCAAGAGUUAAACGACUCCAGACAACAAAAUGUCAUUAAUCAACAAUCUUUACUACUCAAUAAGCAAGCUUCUGGAGCUCAAUAUGCACCAUUAAUCAAUGGAACUCCAGUUCGUGAUCCAUCCCAAAUGUUCAUGUUUGGUAACACAAAUUUGGUCCAAGGGUUUCAAAAUGGAUUACCUUAUUCACAAUCUGGACAUGGUUUUAGUCGUUUUUCUAAUUUUCAAGGAACAACACGUGAACAACCACCCAUUGGUGAACAACAAAUGGACACUGUUGCUAGAUCUUCUUCCAUGAGUGAUCAAUUCAAUGCUGCUUAUCAAGAACAAGGUGAUUUUGGUGGAAACAUUGUGGAUAAAACAACAGAUGUUAACCUUAACCCUCAGGAUUUCACUAGUUUGGAUCCAUUAGAACAGAAGUUCUUAUUCAAUACAGAUGAUAACAAUUUUGGGAACAUGUUUGAAGACACUGAUAACUCACAAGCUUUUCCUUCUUUACAAAGUGGGAGUUGGAGUGCUCUUAUGCAAUCUGCCCUUGAUGAAACUUCAAGCACUGAUACAGGUGUACAAGAGGAAUGGAGUGGUUUAAGCUUUCAGAAUCCAGAACUUUUCAAUGAUAAUAAUAAUAAUAAUCAGCCUUCAAACAUUAUGGAAAGUGGGAAACAUCCAACUUCAUGGUUUCAAAACAAAACAACUAAUCAAAAUUCAAACUCAAACUCAAACUCAAACUUCCCUGGUUUUCAGCAGUUUCCUUCUACAAAUUUCCAAUUUUGUUCAGAUUCUUCUCAUGGAUCAAAUCAGCAAUCUCAAAAAGAAGGUGGUGAUUCUUCUGGAAUGUCUGCCAUUGUUGACAAAUCAUCCGGAUUUCCUGUUCAAGAUUCAAAUGCUCAAACAAGUCGACAUAUGCUUGAGCUUCUUCACAAGGUAGACAAAUUCAAAGAAUAUAAACAUGGUCAACAACAACAGUCUUCUUAUACUGAGUCGACUCAGAGAAAGAUACCUAAAGCUGAAACUACAGAUGCAUUCACUCCAUCAAACAAUUCUUCUGUCCAACAAUCAUUUGGAUUGAGGUUGUCUCCUCCAACUCAAAGACACCCUGCAAAUUAUUUCAACUCAUCUCAAGUGGUCAACUCACAUUUAAAGAAUCAAGAUGGUCAACAGGGUUCUAAUUCUAAUCCAAAAAGUCAACCUAAUGUCUGGAUAGAUAUACCUUCUAGCAGAAUGGAAACUGCUUCUGAAGGUCAAAAUUCACAAACUUUUGAUUAUGGGCAAGGGCAAGAAGGUAAAUUCCACCCCGGGGAAGAAUCUUUUUCAGGGCGUUUAGAAGCAAACGGAUCUGGUUCUCUGAAACAAUCACAUAUUUCCCCUCAUGGGUACUCUCCUUUAAACCCCACGUACUCUGGGCCAGGGGUAAAAAAAGGAAAGACAAGAUUCUGA